AUGGGUCGAUACGAUAGUAGGUUCGUGGGCGUGGUUUUUUUGGCGUUGUUAUUUGUGGACUUGGCUUUGUGUGCUAGGCUUGGGAAGACGGUUGGCGGAGGUGGCGGCGGCGGCGGCGGCGGCGGAGGAGGAGGGCAUGGGGGUGGGUCGAGCAUUGGUUCGAAGUCGGGUUACGGUUCAGGGUAUGGGUCGGGGAGCGGGUCGGGUUAUGGGGAAGGGUCGGAUGAUGAGGAGUAUUAUGGGAGAGGAGGAGGCGGGGGUGGAGGUGGUGGAGGCGGAGGCGGAGGUGGUGGCGGAAAUGAUGGGUAUGGGUCAGGGUAUGGGUCGGGUUCAGGAUAUGGGUCUGGAUAUGGGUCGGGGUCUGGGGGUGGGAAAGGUGGCGGUGGUGGAGGAGGCGGAGGGGGUGGCAAAGGGGGUGGUGGCGGUGGCGGUAGUGGCGGCCAUGGGUAUGGAAGUGGUAGUGGGUCAGGGUAUGGGAGUGGUAGUGGCGGAGGAAAAGGGGGUGGCGGCGGAGGCGGCGGUGGGGGAGGCGGUGGAGGUGGUGGUGGUGGUGGUGGAAGUGGAGGGCAUGGAUCCGGGUAUGGUAGUGGGUCGGGCUAUGGUGGUGGACAUGGAAGAGGGAGUGAGCCUUAG